AUGUCAGCAGCAGCAGCAGCAGCGGCGGCAGCUUCUGUUGCACUUGGGCUCCACUGGGCGCUGGCACCAAUCGACAGGCGGCGGAUGCAGAAUGCAGAGGCUCAAGCAGCACAAGGGCUGACGAGGCCGCCGCCUGGCACGCGCCCGGCCGUGUCGCUGGCUGUCGUCAACCGGGGCCCGUACGCCUGCGAGAGCGGGGAAUGGCGCGAGUCGCCCGGCACACGUGUAGCCGAGGGCCGUGAUGCAGUGCAGAGAGUGCGCGCGAGAGUGCGAGAGUGCGAGAGUGCGCCCAUGGCCUCGUCUUGCUCGACUCACACUGCCGUAUACUCUGGCCUGCCCUUGACCCGGCCUUCACCCUCAGCUGCCAGCCGCCGUGCCCCUGGCGGGCUGAGGCUAAAGACGCAGAGAUCGUCAGGAACAGCGCUGCCAUUGGCUCCCACGUCGCCCCCAGCCUUGCCGCUUGCGGCCGCAUGA